AUGGUGAGGGACCUGCUUCAGCACUUGGAGGUACACAAAUCUAUGGGCCCAGAUGGGAUGCACCGGAGGAUACUGAAGGGGCUGGUGGAAGUGAUCACCAGGCCACUUAGCAUGAUUUAUGAGCAGUCCUGGCUAACCGGGGAGGUCCCAGCGUUGGCAAACGUGACAUCCAUCCACAAGAAGGGCCAGGAGGAGGAUCCAGGGAAAUACAGGCUGGUCAGUGUGACCUCGAUGCCUGGGACGGUCAUGGAACAGACCAUCCUCAGUGCCAUUACACGAGAAAAUUUUGUACCAACCUCUGAGAUCAUUGCUGUAGAAGAAACUGAACUUAACAAGAAACAGAGUAAUAUUGGCAAAUGGCAAAAAAUGGCAAAGCCACAUGCUUUCACAGUGUAUUAUGUGAAGAAGGCCCGAAAUCACCGCUGGCGGUGCAGUGAUGUGACAUUUUGGUGUGUUGAUGAGCACUUGUGUAAUCAGUGGAUACAAGCACUGAAAGAAUUACUUGAAAUGCAGAAGUCGAGACCAAAGCAGUUGCUUGUGUAUAUCAAUCCGUAUGGAGGAAAACGACAAGGGAAGAGGAUUUAUGAACAGAAGGUUGCUCCACUCUUCAGUCUGGCCUCCAUCUCCACUGAUGUUGUUAUAACUGAACAUGCUAACCAUGCUAAGGACAAUUUAUUUGAAGUUAAUAUUAAUAAAUAUGACGGUGUUGUUUGUGUUGGUGGGGACGGCAUGUUCAGUGAAGUGAUGCAUGGUCUCAUUGGAAGAAUGCAGAAGGACUCUGGCAUAGACCAAAAUAAUCCCAAAGCACCGUUAGUCCAGUGCAAUAUAUCUCUGAUUUUUUAUUUUUCAGGAUCAACAGAUUGCAUAUGCUAUUCAACUGUUGGCAUUUCUGAUCCAGUAACAUCAGCUCUUCAUAUUAUUGUAGGUGACUGUCAGCCUCUGGAUGUCUCUUCUGUACAUCAUAACAACACAUUUUUGAAGUACUAUGUAUCAUUGCUGGGUUAUGGUUUUUAUGGAGAUAUAUUAAAAGACAGUGAAAAGAAGCGGUGGAUGGGUCCGAUAAGAUAUGACUACUCAGGCUUCAAGACUUUUCUUUCUCAUCAUUACUAUGAAGGAACAAUUUCUUUUCAACCAGCAAAACACACACUUGGAUCUCCACGAGAUAAAGAUAGCUGCAGAGCAGGAUGUUACAUUUGCAAGAAAACUGAGCAACAGCUGGCAGAACAGCACAAGGAAUGUGGAUUAAAACGUGAAGAAGAUGAAGAAUGGAAGGUUAUUAAAGGGAAAUUUCUAGCCAUCAAUGCAGUAAAUAUGAGCUGUGCCUGUACACGAAGUCCAAAAGGUCUUUCACCAGCAGCUCAUUUGGCAGAUGGCUCAGCUGACCUCAUUCUAGUUCGUAAAUGCUCCAGAUUUGAUUUUCUACGGUAUCUUGUCAGACAUACGAACCAAGAUGAUCAGUUUGACUUCUCGUUUGUAGAUGUUUAUCGGGUGAAGGGUUUUCAAUUUACAUCAAAGCUUUCGGAAGACAACGAAAGCAAUGUCACAGACAUAGGAAAGAAACGUUUCGGCCAGUUCUGCAGAGAUCAUCCAGCCUGUUGCUGUAAUAUCACUAAUAGCACCUGGAAUUGUGAUGGAGAAACUCUGGACAGUUCAACAAUUGAAGUGAGGGUUCACUGCCAGUUAAUGAAACUGUUUGCAAGGGGAAUCGAGGAGACCCAUAAAGAUGAAGCUGCCAACAGCCAGAGUAGCGUUGAACAAUUACUAUAGACAUUGUUCCUCCAAUGCGGAGAAGAAAAAAUAAAAGCUCAAGGAAAUUGAGUAAAUAUGCAUUUUAGUCAAAUUGACAAGUAUUUUAAAAUUUUAGAUUUUUUUUUUAUGGCUUCGGUUUAAUU